AUGUUCAAAGCAUCAACAUAUCUCUGGUGUUGUUGUUUACGUAGAUGUCAUGUACAACGUGUUCGAGGUCAUCCAGCAGCUGCUCUUCAUCAUUUAACACAUUUUCCACCUUAUGAAGUUGAUGAACAAGUUCUCCCAUUCAGUCCAACACGUCAUUAUGGUACUGGAACCGAAGAUGAUCCAUUUACUAUUUACCGUGAUCCACAAUUAAUUGGAAAAGACAAUUUGAAACGUUUACGUUUUGUUUGUAUUUCUGAUACACAUAAUCAAAUUCACAAAAUUAAAAUUCCAAAUGGUGAUGUUUUUGUGCAUUGUGGUGAUGCUGUUCGUUGGUCAAGUGCUGCUCGUGAUAUAUUAGUAUACAAUGAAUUUGUUGGUGCACUUCCACAUAGACAUAAACUCUUUAUCGGUGGUAAUCAUUGUGUUUGUCUUGAUCCAAAACGACCUGAACAAAGUCAAAAAAUACUUAGCAAUAUGAUUUAUUUACAAGAUUCAAUGACUGAUAUUGAAGGUGUACAGAUUUAUGGUAGUCCAUGGAGACCAAAACGUGGAAUUAUUUAUCCAGCUGAAGCAUUUGGUUAUGAUCCGGCACGUAUACGAGAAGAAAAAUGGUCGAAUAUUCCCGCUGAUAUCGAUAUUUUACUUACACAUGGACCACCUUAUAGUGUUCGUGACUAUCAUCCACUUACAGACGAACGAAUAGGUGAUCCCGGUUUAUUAGAUGAAGUUAUAACAAGAGUUCGACCACGUAUUCAUCUUUUUGGACAUAUGCAUAAAUGUCGAGGUGCUAGUUUGUAUAAAAGUGAAAAUAAUCAAGUCCUUGAAGGUGAUCAUUUCCAACCACAAUCAAAUGAUAUUCUAUUUGUUAAUCUUGCGAUUCAUCAAGGAAAAACUCUUGGUGAACCAGUAGUUAUUGAUUAUUAUUAUUAA